AUAAAAAUAAUGUUUGAUUAUUUAGAAAAGGCUGACUUACCGACAUUGUAGAACGAGAUAUUCAACGGGAAUGUGAUUUCUCCAGGAUUUUAUUCUGGUUUUAUACUUACUCGCAUUUUGUUUUUUCUUGUCAUUAAGGUUCAAAAUUAUAAAAUUAAAUACAUAAUUAUACAUUGUUUUUAAAUAUACUAUAGAAACGUGAGAUUCAAGUUCUUAUUUGGGUACUCCACGUGUAAGAAGUUGAAAUAAUGUACGCGAGCGUGCAAACCGCAGCGUUUCUGCUGAUAAACAUAUUUCCUACCUAUACAUGGAAAAAGUUUAUAAACUGCUUGUUUUGCGUCGAUCGUGGGUAGAAGUUGCUAUACAUCGUUUCUACAAUUGGUAGAACAUCUACAUAAUAUGCGAUUUACAAACGAUUGUCUGCCUGACUGAGCUACCGAAAACGCUACAAUUUAAACGCUCGUAUGCACCAUCGCAAAUAAUCUUUAUAUGGCAGCAUCUGCAGUCUCAGCAUUUCUCUACUAAUAUUAUAAAGAGGCAAGAUUUGAUUGUUUGUUUGUUUAUUUUUUUGUUUGCCGCGAAUAGGCUCCGAAACGAUCAAACCGAAUUCUUUCACUAUUAGGUAGCUACACUAAAUGCGUUGAACAUAGGCUAUAUUUUGUCCUGGUACGGGAAUUAAAUCCAUCGGGACGCGGGUAAAACCACGUGUGACAACUAGUUUUUAUUUUUUGCAAGCGUGCAUUUUUACAUAUUUGGUUAGAAUGACGUGAUUUUUAGGCCUAUAUAAACGGCUCCCGAAUAACAACACAAAUCACUCCUGAACUAAAUCAGCGUGCAAGUUUAAUUUUAUCAAAAGUGUUAACCUAUUCAAUCAAAUCCUCAAGAAUGUCGGGACCAACUUCUGCUGAUCACCUCUUUCCCUCCGAAGACGAAUAUGAGGAACAACAGACACGGGUGAAACACGUGAAGGAUUCGUCAUCAGCGUCUUCAUCUUCACGCUCCGGCGAUGCUGCUAAGAGAAGCGCCAGCAAAUCAUCGCAUCCGGACAGUAAGAAGAAGAAGCUCAAGACGAUGUCGCCUACUGUUCAUCCCAUCAGUCCUGUUAUGAAGCCCCAGAGAAGCGAUAUGAAGACCACGAGCCAUGACUUAUUUGGUAGUGACAGCGACGAUGAUCGUGAAGAGAUAGCAGCAAGUAAUUUAAAGGCACCUCGAGUAUCUUCCUCGCGGAAGAUUGAAAAAGAAUCCGGAAUUGAUAUCAAUGAACCUAAUAAUGAAUUAAUAGAAAAAGAUAUUGAUAUCCAUAAUCCUAGUAAUGAAUUAAUAGAAAAAGAAAUUGAUAUCCAUGAUCCUAACAAUGAAUUAAUAAUAUGCAAAAAAUGUCAGAUUGAAUUACCGAAAACUGAAUUGAAAUAUCAUUUAAGAACUAAUGUACAUAAGUCAAAUAGUUUAGUUCAAAGCCAUUUUAACAAUAUCUUUGUAAUUGCAAGUGCUUUCAAAAACAGAAUCAUAACAUAUCGUUUAAACCCUGCACAAGGUGUUGAAUACUGUACACCCGAAGCAUUCUUGUGUGAGAAUACGAACGAUGUCCUGAAACUUAUACAUAUGUCUUUAUUGAAGAAUACUUGUGUCAAGAUUAACUUCGAGUUGUUUGCCCACUUUGUGUUACCAAAAACAAGUGAGCAACAACUUAAGUCGUUUAAUACGAAAUAUAAAGUUAUUUGUAAUAACACGAUUUUAAGUGACUUCUAUUCGAAUGCUAUUGAACUUUUAAAAUGCAAAAUGUCAGAAUUCGAACACAAAGAAUCUGGAUGGUCUUUUAAAUCAGUGAGCCAUCUUGAAAUCAAUGUUAAUAAAUAUUGUCCUAUGAGAGGUGGUACUUACCUUGAAUUACCAAAAAAACUUAAAAACUCGAAAAGUUGUAUUAAUAUUCAAAAUAAUGACAAUUGCUGCUUUUUAUGGAGUGUAGUAGCUUCAUUAUAUCCCGUUAAGAAGAAUGUAUGCAGGACUAAUUCGUAUCCACAUUACAGUUCUAUAUUUAAUAUUGAAGGGAUGUCUUUCCCUGUUUCAUAUGAAGACAUAAAAUUAUUUGAGACCAACAAUAAUAUAAGUAUCAAUGUCUAUGGAGUAGAAAAUAAGAGCGAAACAGUAACCGGCCCUCUAUAUUUAACAAACAAAAGAAGAUCUAUACAUGUAAAUUUGUUAUAUUUAGAAAGAAAAGGAAUGAGUCAUUACUGUCUUAUCAAAGACCUGGCACGUUUAGUACGAGGACAAGUAACAAAUCAUAAAGGUAAUUUUUUUCUGUGUGAGUCAUGUUUACAAUUUUAUAGCUGUGAAACUAAGUAUAGAUCUCAUAUCUGUUCUAAAACUUUAUCAAUUUUACCUGAUAAAAAUAGUAAACUGGGUUUCAAGAAUUAUGAACGAAAACAAAAAAUCAACUAUGUAAUUUACGCAGACUUUGAAAGUCUAUUGGUAAAUUGUUUCGAAAAGAAAUCUGAAAACACACAUAAUUUAAAAACACCAACCUUCAUGUUUUGCAUAUUACAUAUGUUGUUCACAUGA